UGAGAACAAUUUUUAUUUGUCAGUUGUACCGCCACAAAACCGGGGGCGGGGUGGUCAGCAGCUGAAGAAGCCAGCUGCUUCUCCGCAAGGACAGAAUGAUGCCCUGAUGGGCAGGGUCCGUGAGGAGGAUCCUGAGUCGCAGCAGCCCUGGAGCGCCUCCGUCCACCCGGGGUGCAAAUCCGGGCCCCACGGCCCUGUCCCGCCGUGGGGCUGGAUGGCCAGUGCCCCGUCCUGUCAGAGCCGCAUUGACUCCUCUGCGGAGUCUGGGGCUGCUGUCAGUCCUGGUCCAGGAAUCAGACGCCCUGGCCCAGCCCCUUGGCUCAGGUACGCGGGUGUCUGCCAGGCCCCACGGCACCCGGGAGCCACCCUCCAUGCACCUGGCCCUCCCGGUUCCCUGAGCCUCCCACGGAGUCGCCCAGGUCAGGGGCCUGCGCUCGCUGGAGUCCCCAUCACUCGCCCGCCCCGCCUCGGUGCGGGGCUGGGGCUGGGAGCCCUGGCGCGCACGUGCCGGCUGCGCAGAAGAAGCCGGCAGGGCGCACGGCGGCUCCGCCCCCUCCGGGCGCUCUUGGCCCCGCUCGCUAGUGUCCCUGCGCCGCGGGAUCUCCGGUGCCGAGCGGAGGCCCCGAGCAAUGGCCAGGGUCCCGCAGGCCCGGCAUCGCCCCGCGGCCCCCGGGAGCGCCCUGCGCGCGGUGCUGCGCUGCAACCUGCCGCCCGGCGCUCAGCGCGUGGUGGUUUUCGCCGUGCUGGCGCUCCUGGUCCUCAUCAACGUCGUGCUGGUCUUCCUGCUGGCCUUCCGCUGACCACCAAGGCCCCGCACCCGGCUCCUCCGGCUCAUCAGCGAUGGCGGUGUGGUCUGCGCGGAAGCGCUCUGGGACCACGUCACCAUGGACGACCAGGAGCUGGGCUUCAAGGCUGGGGACGUCGUGGAAGUGAUGGACGCCACCAACAGGGAGUGGUGGUGGGGCCGCGGGGCCGACGGCGAGGGCUGGUUUCCGGCCGGCUUCGUGCGGCUGCGGGUGAACCAGGACGAGCCCUCGGACGAGGCGGCGCUGCGGCCCGGGGCCGGCGGGGCGGAGGACGGCGGGGCGGGCGCGCAGAGCAGCAGCAGGGACCAGAUGCGCACCAACGUCAUCCGGGAGAUCCUCAGCACCGAGCGCGACUACAUCAAGCACCUGCGCGACAUCUGCGAGGGCUACCUCAGGCAGUGCCGCAGGCGCGCCGACAUGUUCAGCGAGGAGCAGCUGCGCACCAUCUUCGGGAACAUCGAGGACAUCUACCGAUGCCACUCGGCCUUCGUGCAGGCGCUGGAGCGGAGGUUCGACCCGGAGCGCCCGCACCUGAGCGAGCUGGGCGCCUGCUUCCUGGAGCACCAAGCGCACUUCCAGAUCUACUCCGACUACUGCAACAACCACCCCAGCGCCUGCCUGGAGCUCUCGCGGCUCGCCAGGCUCAGCAAGUACACCUACUUCUUCGAGGCCUGCCGGCUGCUGCAGAGGAUGAUCGACAUCUCGCUGGACGGCUUCCUGCUGACGCCGGUGCAGAAGAUCUGCCAGUACCCGCUGCAGCUGGCCGAGCUGCUCAAGUACACGCACCCCCAGCACCGGGACUUCAAAGACGUGGAAGCCGCCUUGGACGCCAUGAAGAAGGUGGCCCGGCUCAUCAACGAGCGGAAACGGAGGCUUGAGAACGUGGACAAGAUCGCCCAGUGGCAGAGCGCCGUGGAGGGCUGGGAGGGGGAAGACCUCCUGGCCCGGAGCUCGGAGCUCAUCCACUCGGGGGAGCUGACGCUGGUCUCGCAGCCGCCGCAAGCCAGGAGCCAACAGAGGGUGUUCUUCCUCUUCGACCACCAGCUCGUCUACUGCAAGAAGGACCUUCUCCGCCGGGACGUGCUGUACUACAAGGGCCGGGUGGACCUGGAGGGCCUGGAGGUGGUGGACGUGGGGGACUGCAAGGACAGGGACCUGCACGUGAGCGUCAAGCACGCCUUCCGGCUGCGCUGCGGCCCCGCGGGCGAGAGCCUCCUGCUGUGCGCCCGGAAGCCGGAGCAGAAGCAGCGCUGGCUGCAGGCCUUUGCCCGGGAGCGGGAGCAGGUGCGGCUGGACCAGGAGACAGGCUUCUCCAUCACCGAGGGGCAGAGGAAGCAGGCCAUGCUGAAGGCCAGCAAACUGCAGGCGGCCGGGAAGCCCAAAGCCCUCGGCCGGCCCUACUACCUGACGCGCCAGAAGCCCCUGGCCCUGCCCACCAGCCCGCCCCGGCAGCAGGCCCUGGUGCUGACCGAGCCCAAGCGGAAGCCGUCCACCUUCUGGCACAGCAUCUCCCGGCUGGCCCCCUUCCGCAAGUGAGACCGCGCCCCCGGCCACGCUGUCUGGACCCGCUCCGCCAGCUGCCCCCGGCCCUCCCCACCCCUGGGCCUCUGCCUGGCCUGCAAACCGCCAGUGAGCAGGGCUGAGCGAGGGAGAGCCUCCUGCCUCGGGACACACCAGGCUCCGCCCCCUCGACGGACGCACAGGAGACACCAGCUGGAGGGGCGGGGCCCCGGCCCGGGAUCCGCCCCCCAGGCCGGGCUGACGCAAGAGAGGACCCGCCCCUGGGCCCUCUGCUCUGGACUCUCAUCAUUCCACCGCCUCCUCCUGGUCCCUCCGGGCAGGAGGAGGCCGGAGCCCGCCCGCCUGUCUGGCCCCCAGGUCCCCUCCCCUGGUUUGGCGCCAGUAGCGAACACUGUCGGGAGCACCCCCCGAUGGCUGUGUGCCGACUCCAGAACCUGGUUCUGUUUGCGGGGACCCUGCUUUUGUGGUGACGCAGAAGGAGAACGGAUGGACACAGGACGGUGGCCUUACCCCGGGGGAGCGUGGGAAGCCGUGAGGACAGAGUGCCUGGGCCCACUGCUGGCCUGCCCGCCCAGAGCCCCCCGCCCGGCCCCCGCAGCAGCCGACGGUCGCUCGUACUCCUCUGCCUCCCCCCGCCCGAACCCACAUUUAGUUUCAUAAAGAAAUUCAUGGAGACGC